CUCUUUUCCCGUGCAAAAUUUAAAAUUAAAGAAGUUGGAAGUCUGCAUUGAUUAAGAUUGGAACGGACCGAUUGCAAGUUUUGAUCUUUUAUUUUUUUGCAUACUCACACACACACACACACACACACAAAAAGGCGCCAACCUUUGAAUCUGGCCAGAAGAGGAUCCUGGGGGAAAGAGGUGUAAAGAAAGAUCCGUUUGGCACAACACAACUGCCACAAUGUGGAUCCAAGUACGCACCAUGGACGGGAAAGAGACACAUCGGGUGGACUCUCUUUCCAAGCUAACAAAAGUGGAAGAGCUCCGGCAGAGGAUCCAUGAAGUUUUCAGGGUGGUACCUGACCGACAAAGGCUUUUCUAUCGAGGCAAACAGAUGGAAGAUGGCCACUCCCUCUUUGAUUACAGCGUGAAUUUGAACGACAUCGUCCAGCUGUUAGUGAGACAAAGCCCCACUCUCCUUCCCCUGGUGAACAAGGAGAAAGACUCUGAACUUUCGGACACGGACUCUGGCUGCUGUUCAGGCCAAAGCGAAUCGGACAAAAGCUCCAAUAAUGGGGAAGGGGCUGUGGAGAUGGAGGCACAGUGCAGUAGUGCCGUUGGGACUGACUUGGUGGACCCCGGCUUUGGAUUCUAUAAGAUUAACGAGUUGGUAGACGCUCGUGACACGAGCAUGGGAGCCUGGUUCGAGGCGCAGGUUGUGAAGGUGACUCGGAAAGGGAACUCGGCGAACAAGGCCAGCGAAAGUGACGAAGAGUCCAAUUUGGAAGAAGCCAUUCCUGAUGAGGACAUUACGUAUCACGUGAAAUAUGAAGACUAUCCGGAGAACGGUGUCAUCCAGUUGAGUUCCAGAAAUGUCCGUGCUCGCGCCAGGACGGUUUUAAAAUGGGAAGAGAUAGAAAUUGGAGAUGUUGUCAUGUUGAAUUACAAUCCCGACGAUCCAAAAGAGAGGGGCUUCUGGUACGACGCGGAGAUCCUCCAGAAGCGGGAAACGAGGACUUACAAAGAAUUAUACGCCAAGAUUGUUCUUGGCGAUGGUGGAGAUAUCUUGAGCGAUUGCCGAAUUGCUCUGGUGGACGAGAUUUACAAGAUCGAAGAACCCGGCUGUAGUGUUCCUCUGACUGCAGAAAGUCCCCUGAAAAGACAAAGUGGACCCGUGUGCAAGCAUUGUAAAGACAACCCAAGCAAAACCUGCCGGAUGUGCGCCUGCCACAUAUGCGGUGGGAAGCAAGACCCUGAAAAACAGCUCAUGUGUGAUGAGUGUGACAUGGCUUUCCACAUUUAUUGUCUUAACCCCCCUCUUAGUAGGAUACCUGACGAUGAGGACUGGUAUUGUCCCGAAUGCCGAAAUGAUGUGAAUGAGGUGGUUUUGGCUGGUGAGAAGCUGAAAGAAAGCAAAAAGAAAUCUAAGAUGGCAUCUGCUAACUCGUCUUCUCAGCGGGAUUGGGGCAAGGGCAUGGCAUGCGUGGGACGCACAAGGGAAUGCACUAUUGUGCCAUCAAACCAUUAUGGGCCCAUCCCUGGUGUUCCAGUGGGAACCAUGUGGAAAUUCAGAGUCCAGGUGAGCGAGUCAGGUGUCCACAGGCCCCACGUUGCAGGGAUUCAUGGCCGGAGCACCGAUGGAGCCUAUUCUUUGGUCCUGGCGGGCGGAUACGAGGACGAUGUAGAUCAUGGGAAUUCUUUCACUUACACGGGGAGCGGAGGCCGGGACCUUUCAGGGAAUAAGAGGACAGCCGAACAGUCUUGCGAUCAAAAACUCACAAAAAUGAACAGAGCUCUGGCCCUGAACUGCAGCGCGCCGAUUAACGACAAGGAGGGUGCAGAAGCCAAGGACUGGCGAGCCGGGAAACCAGUUAGGGUGGUGCGGAAUGUGAAGGGAGGUCGAUACAGCAAAUACGCCCCCACAGAUGGGAAUCGUUACGAUGGGAUCUAUAAGGUAGUUAAAUAUUGGCCUGAAACGGGGAAAUCUGGCUUCUUGGUUUGGCGUUACAUGCUCAGGAGAGACGAUGAAGAGCCAGCCCCUUGGACCAGAGAAGGCAAAGAGAGGAUGAAGAAACUUGGCCUGACCAUGCAGUAUCCUGAAGGGUACCUGGAAGCCGUUGCAAACAAAGAUAAAGAAAACAGCAAGAAAAUAGAAGAAGAAAGCCCAGUUCAAGGGAAGAGGAAAAGGAAAUCUGGAAACGAUUCGGACCUUUAUGCCUCUCCUGCCACUACCCCAAAGAAAACUAAAGUCGAAGUCUACAAACUCACUCCCCAGCAGAAGGCUCUUAUCAAAGACGAUGAAGCCAACACCAAGUUGUGGAAUGAAGCAUUAGAAGCCCUUAAGGAAGGACCGAAAUUCCUGAACAAAGUGGAGGAAACCUUUCUGUGCAUUUGCUGCCAAGAGGUGGUUUUCCAACCAAUCACCACGGUGUGCCAGCACAACGUAUGUAAGGAUUGCCUGGAUCGAUCUUUCCGAGCCAAAGUCUACAGCUGCCCAGCCUGCCGCUACGAUCUCGGCAAAAACUAUACGAUGGAAGUGAACCAACCUCUGCAGGAUCUUCUCAUUCAGCUCUUCCCAGGUUACGGCAACGGACGGUGAUUCUGUAAAGCACUUCUCAUUCCGUUUUUUUUUUCUUUUUUUUUUUUUGAGGUUCGUUCUGUUCUUUUGUC